GAGACAGAGACAGCCCCAGAGUGACAGGACAGACUGCGAGACCGGUACAGCUUUUCCACUCUGCAGUCAGCCACCCGCUUCAUGCCAGGAAAACGUUAAGGAGCGUUUGCCUGUCUGUGAUAAAUCCCCUGGCCAGAGAUUUGGCUGCAUCAGAGACCCCAGUGCCGAUCUACUGUUUCCCCAUCACCAUGGAGGCUUCUCUUGCCUUCUGCAUCCUUGCUGCUUUCCUGGCUACAGGGGCCUGUCUGCAGUGUGAGGUUUGCUUUGGCCUAGGAGUGAGCUGCAGAGGCGACCUACAGACCUGCGCGGCUGGGGAAGACUCCUGUGGGGUCGCGCUGACCGAAUCCACGCUGGCGGGAAUUAAGACCCAGAGCAUUCUCAAGGGCUGUAUGCCAUCGAGUCAAUGUAAAGCCAGCCCCGUCUCUGUGAAUUUUGGGCAGGGAAUGAGAACACAGACAAGCUUUGCCUGCUGCUUGGGAGAUACCUGCAGAACAAGCACCAUUACAGUGCCCCCGGCUAACACCAAACCCAACGGCCGGCACUGCCCAGCCUGCGUCGCUGUGUUUACUGAUCAGUGCAGUGAGAAGACCAUACAGUGCACUGGAGACGAGACCCGAUGUGUCAACAUCGUCGAGACUCUAACAAUUGGUGGAAAUCCAGUGCAGAUGGUCAUGAAGGGCUGUGCUUCCGAGUCCGUCUGCGCCCAGAUAAAAUUGGGUUCGGGGACCUUCGCAGGCAUCAGUGCAGAUCUAACCACGGCCAAAUGCACAGCGGCCUCCCCGCGGUGGAGGUAGCACCAGGGGCCAGGCGGGGUCCUGCUGCUGAAUCUUCUCUCCUGAUUCCCCACCCGGAGCAACGGCGCCGCCGAACUGAAA